AUGACGCAUGUAACAAACGAAAACGAAACAGGUCGCCAGAUCUUCUACAAGCACGGCGUGCGGCUGGUGGAGGCGGCAGAGAUCCAGCUCGAAUCGCUGGGAAGCCCGGCCACCUACGCGGUGUUCAUCCUCCCUUACCUGCUCUUGGCUCUGGCGUUGUGGCUUGAUAUGGGGAAGCUAGACGUGACGCCACGCUUGUACCCGCCGUCGGGUAACGCCUGCGACGACUCCGGGGUUUGCAACUGGAAUGUCACGGGCGCCCCCAUCCACAACAGCUUUCUUAUGGUGAAGGGCGACUUUGACUUUGAAGUGGUCGAUGGUCUCGUCACGCCAUCACCGUCGGAUGGGGUUGCGCCCGGUGUCGGCGAGGUUGACGGUGUAGACGGGCAGGAGGGUGCGGGCGGGCACCGAAGCCGCCGAGGGUCGGCCAUCGAAGUUGGUGAUGUUGGUGACGAGGAGAUGACGGAGGGGCGGAGGAGGGGUUUGAUGCUGCCGUUUGGAAACACGGGGGUCCAGCAAGAUGCUGACGAUGAUGUGGAACGGCUUGCCCUGGGGGUGGCUCUUGAGAUUCGAGGACUGGUCGGAGGCACGGAGAAGUGGGAGUCCCUGUACAGCUGCGCUGCCCAGGACAACGUGCAGAUCUUGAGUUGCCACCCUAGCGAAAUGGAGUGCGACACGUCGACGCUGGGGCGGGUUGUGUUGGACUCGAUCGGAAUAAUCGGGCACCAUUCCGAGUAUGCCGUGAAGGCGACGAUCUUGACCAUACAGGACGGGCAGCCUAUUCCAGGAGGUGGCGGUCUUCUAGCGCGGUCAACGACUUUCGAGGUGGAGACGGAAAGCCGCGUCUACUCCAAGGUCCGAUCCAUGGCGCGCCUUCCGCUGCUCGCCCUUACGGCGUUUCUGCUUCUGUACUGGAUGACGCGAGGGUUCGGCGGUGCCGGCGGGGAGCGAGACCCGGCCCCGUCUGCGAUCGUGCCGGAACGACGCUACAUCACGAUGCUGCUCUUUGGGCUGUUGCUUUGGCAAAACCCCGUGAUGGCAGUGGAAGACUGGUUGCUCGGGCCCUCCUCCUUCGACACUGGACCAUGGCGCUGGGUGCGGCUAUGCAAAGACCUCUGCCAGUUUACCGGCAUGCAGGUGAUGUGGCUGUGCUGGAUCUGUCUCAUGGAUGGGCAGCACUUGAUGAGAAAGAGGUCGCAACGAUCCGACUCCUCGUUCGACGGAAGUGCCACAGCCGCAGACGUUGCGUACCGGCAAGUGGCCGGAGAGGACGGAGAAGCCUCGGUCGAUACGAAAGGGGGUGAAUCCGCCGCGUCGCCUUGUUUCCUCAAAGACGAUUACCCCCCUCACCACCCCAAGUCGGAUAGCUUCAUCGACUUCAUCCUGCCGAAGGUUCUAUAUGGGUUUCUCUCUUUGCUGGUGGGCGUGGGCGUGAUGGUGCUGCGCCACCCCUACCUCGCUCGUCUGGACCAAGUCGACUGGCUCAACGGGCGGUUCGAGCUAUCGUACGCCAUGAUGUCGAUGGUGUCAGGGCUUUUAUGGUUGGGCUGGACCAUGUACUUCGCCGCUGUGGCCGUCACUAGCGGGCGAGUGUUGCGCGGUCAGCCGUUCUUCGGUACGCGAAGGCAGCAGCUGUCGUACCGUGUGAUGGUGAUGCAGGGCAUGCUCGUGGCAGUGCUCUUCGGGAUGUGGGUCGGCGUGGACAUCUAUUACCUCGUGGGGCACCUGUUGAGGCAGCAGGUCGUCGUUGGCGCCUCGACCGGAUUCACCCUGGAAUCCAUGACGAGCGCCGCGGCGGGACUGUCGGCCUGGACGGGCGGCAUUCGGCAGCCUCUCGGGAAGCUGAUCCUGGUUAGCGCCGUCUGUUACAACGUGGCCUACCUCUUCUUGCCCCCGACGCACUCCGUCAAGCGCCUCUUCGACCGCAUGUACAUCAACAUGGAGAGAGACAUGCCCCCAAGGGAGGUGGUGAGAAGGUACAAGGACAGUCAAGAGCUGUCCCCGCUAUUCUGCGUGGAGACGAGCUGUUUCCUGGUGGAAGUGGCAUGGCAGGCGUACUACGACCCCCACAAGGUCGACCUUUCCGACUUCGUCGCGCCGGGGCGGCAGGACCUGUCCUACCUCGGCCUCGUGUUAGUGGCAUAUUUCAACGACGAGAAGCACGAGAUCCGAGCCAUCCUCUGUCGAGGAGAGGACCGCCUCAUUCUGGCCUUCCGCGGUACCGCCAGGAUGGAAAACCUCAUGACGGACCUCAAGUUUCAUCAGGUGCCCCUUCCCCAGCUUCUCCCCCCGGGAAGAGAGCGGGUCGAGAUACAACUUCCAGACGGCAGCAGCCGGCGCUACAGCAGUGUCUUCAGCGAUAACGACGCCCAGAGGGACUCCCGCUCGUACUCCAACAACAGCACCAGCAGGGGCAACGGCAGCCGCAACUUCGACGGCGGAGUUGGAAGCGGUGACGGCCCCUCUUGGUCCCGCUCGGACGCUUCGCGCUCCCGUUCUCCGGCGCGUUCCUCGGCCACCGCCGCCGCUCCCCGCGGAGCGAGAAGGGCGGGGGCGGCGAGGUUCUCGCCCGUCCGAGUGGGCCGAGGUUCGUCCCCGACCAAUCGUCCCGCCGCCGCCGCCGCCUCCGCGGCCGCCGCCGCCUCCGCGACGAAGACUCCCGCUCCUCCUGGGAAGGUUGCGUCGGAUUCCACGCCGCGUGCUGUGGAGGCGCUUUCCGCUCCCGAAGGCGGCGGUGCCUCCCGCGGAGGCGGGGAAGGAGAGGAAGCCGCUGGUGCUGCUGCUCCUGGCGGUGGUGCUGGUGGAGCCGCGUCCGGGGCGACGUCGUCAUUGCCAGAAACGGGGGUGACGUCCUCGGUAGCCGAGGCCGGGGGCGGGGGUGGGGGUACAGACGGGAAGGAGCAAGGGUCGGAGGGCGGAGUAUCACGCGACGAGUCUGCGGCAGCGAGAGACAAGCGGCCGGGUGCUGGUGAUGCUGCCGGUGAUGAGACAUGCAAGCCGGAAGAGGCGGCUGCGACGGGGGCUCCCGCCCCGUCCCGUCCGAAGAACCCGAACGACCUCGUCCGAUUGUUCAUGUCCGAGAGCGGCGGCGGUAGCAACGGCAGAGCACACCCCGUUGGUGGCGGUGGCUGUGGCGAUGGUGGUGGUCGUAUUGUCGACAGUCGGUCCGCAGCUGCCUACGCCCCCGCUGACAUUGACAGUGGUAACAACAGCGCUGGCGGCGGCAACGGCACCGACAGCGAUAGCGAGGACGGGCAUGUCGAUGUCGACGGUGACGGCGAUGCCAACGCUCAACGGCACGUCCCAGCGGCCGGAGACGAGCAAGAAGAGGGACAAAGGCACGAGGGACAGCACUGGGCCGAUGGUUCUUCGGUAGGCGGCGGGGGUGACAGCGACGGCGAAAGCAAGUUCGGAGGCGAUGCGUACAGCAACGAUGCUGUUGGCGACGGCGACGAUUUGGAAGCAGCUGGUGGCAACUUUGGGGAGGGUGAUUUCCACAUCGAUCCCCGGGGAGACGGGAGUUUCACCACCGCCGCGGCGCGUUGCUUCAAGGCAGUCAUCCACAGGAUCCCCGUGGCGAGACAGGCCUUGCCACGAGUCCAUGGCGGCUUCUGGGAAGCGUACUCCGUGCUGAGGGAGAGGGUACUGGCGGCGCUUGCGGCCGAGAUGCAGGACGAUUAUCGGCCUCUGUACGUGACCGGGCACAGCCUCGGCGGCGCGCUUGCCUCUCUGGCGGCCUACGACAUCGACAAGAACUUCACGCUGCCUGACCCAAUGACGCUCUACACGUUUGGAUCCCCUCGCGUUGGCAACGGGGUGUUUGCGCGUAAGCUGGACAGCAGGGUGAAGCACCACUUCCGCCUCGUCAACGACGGCGACCUCAUCACGGCGCUGCCUCGCUUCUUCGGGACCUACAAGCAUGCAGGCGAGAUGAGAGAUGCCGAUGGGAACUGUUGCGUGAGGCGGGAAACGAAAGGGGUUGUGUUGACGUUGAUCUCUCAUGUGCGUGCUGCAACGUUACGUUUCUCUUGGCGCAACGAGUCGUUGAUAAUGGAAGAAAUCAACGGGAGGUGUUUUAUGUUGCUCGGGAGCACGUUCUUAUCGGGAAUGGUCGCGAGAGGAGUAACCCUACUCUAGCCCUACUUCAUGGCGUGGUUAUCUGUUUGCCGCUCUUAUACGUAUGCAAGCUUACAUGCCACCGAGAGCGUCCCGAUUUCUGGAAAGCCCACAAUCCCAAGUCCACAAGAUGAUGGACCACAAGCACAUCACUGACCCGGAUGUAACGAUCCCCGCAAGGAUUAACCGAGAGAUUCUGUGACACGGGGCGUUCGUUUUUUCCCGAGCGCCUAGAACUGGUCGCCUCUCUUGAGCGGGUCUCGUUUUUUCUGCUUCCCGCAACCACCAGGCUGCAAGGUCGUCGUAGACUCGGAAAGAUACG